GCGGCACGCGCACACACACUCUCUUUCUUUAUCCCACUUAAUAUCAUUAUCGAUUAAACAACAAGGAGAGAUACAAUCGGGAUUCCUCCUCAACAAAGAAACUUGACAAGUUUUAAAAUCUAACCUUACAAUUAGGUUUGUAAACAUAAACAUUAAAUUACUAAUAAUAAUACGAAAAUGAGCGGAAUUCCAAUGGGUUUAACCAUCGAGAAAACGAAAUACGAGUGCGCCCAAAUGCCCAAAAGGUAUCAAAGGGAAGAAGGAGCCCCACGCAAGACGGUCAUUGGGAUGCAAGUGAAUGUGGUGGCCCCAGUAACCGUAGUCGGAGGUAAUAAGGUCGAUUUGUAUUAUAUGAACCGCAGGAGCGACACGUCCCUUGUGCCCCCUAUAAGGCAGACCGCCUCUAUUUUUAAACAACCAGUUACGAUCUAUAAGACGCAGGAGAGCAAAGUGAAAUCUGACAAAAACGGCGGAAACCUGGAAAAACCGAAACAGCUCUUUUGGGAAAAACGACUGGAGGGACUGAGGGCUUGCGACAUCGACGGCGUGGAAUUCGAAGCCAUGCAACUGCCGAAGGGUUUAAAACCGGUCGGACCCAACGUUACCGAAGAGACCAUUAUACAGAGCGUCGCGACGGCCCUGCAUGUUUCUGCUAGUUCUGUCACCGGACAAACGGGAACGAAAACGUCUCUGGAAAAGAACCCGGGGGUUUUUUUGGACCCUAAACAGCCCCUGGUGCAGGCCGUAAACGUUUCGGAUGAGGACAUAAAAAGGCAGGAGGACAGGGUCUCUGUGGUCAGGCAAAAACUGCAGGAGGCAUUAAAAGAGACUUAUUAAUUUCACUCUUAGUGAUGUUUUUGUAUUUUAUAAGUAUAAUAUUAUUUAUUAAUAAAAUCAUUAAUCGUCAAA